AUGAGGCUGUCUCUCCUGCUCUUCAUCCUCUGCCUGAUGGCUUCUACUGCCUACAGUCAGCUUCCAGGUCCUCCUGGUCCUAAAGGUGACAGAGGAGAGCCUGGGCCCAUAGGAAAUCCUGGUAUGGAUGGAUAUCCAGCUAUAAACUUUGAUUAUGUCCGUAAGGUUGGUCAGAAAUACUUUGUGACCAACAAGGAGAGAGGCUCCUUCUCGAAUGCCGUAGACUUCUGCUCCCAACAAGGCUUAGAGCUGGCUUUACCACAGAACGAGGAGGAGAACAGCAUGCUGACUCAGUUGUAUGGUAAAGUUGAUAAAAGGGCCUGGAUCGGCAUCAACAAUAAAAAGGCAGAGGGGGAUUUUGAGUUUGACAUGAAAAAGCGACCUCUGACCUUCACCAAGUGGGGACAAGGUCAGCCAGACAGAUCCAUCCAGGAAAAAGGCUGCACCCUGCUGACAGAGAACGCUGUCUGGCAAGUGACACGUGAAUGUUCUCUGUAUGCUUACAUCAUAUGUCAGUUAUAA